UCCUCGUCUUAAAGUGCUUCUUAAGAUGUGAAUACCUAAUGGCUUUUUGCAUGUAAUGCCAUGUUUGUUGGUACGGUUACGGUUCUAAAGUAGGUAGUCUUCGUCCGACAGAUUGACAGUACACUGUCGUAAUCUGGUCGUUAAGUAAUAUAUAUACAACUCGCACACCUAGUGGCAAAUAGUUUUUGAGGUUAAGUUGAGAGAAAUCGUUGGCUGUCAAAACGUGCCACGUCGUAGCAGGCGCGGGCCACUGGCUCCCUUCGUCGGUCUCGUCUUCAACGUCGUCCAACAGGAUCAUGCUGACCGCGGCGGCGACCUCGUUGUCGAGCAACGGUGGCAACUCGUCCUACGGCAAUAACGAGCGGACGUCCACCGUUGGAGCGGCUGCCGCUGCUACGGAGGCUGAGCUUGCCACUGACUGUGCGUCUGGUGGUCUCUUUCACACAGAUUACAAAAAGCAUGAUGAUUUGAAACAAAUGUUGGACAGUAACAAAGACGGGCUUAAGCUCGAAGCUAUGAAGAGAAUCAUUGGGAUGGUAGCCAAGGGCAGAGAUGCAUCGGAUCUCUUCCCAGCAGUUGUGAAGAACGUCGUUUCUAAAAAUAUCGAAGUUAAAAAAUUAGUUUACGUGUAUUUGGUCAGGUACGCUGAAGAUCAGCAGGAUCUCGCUUUAUUGUCGAUUUCUACGUUUCAACGCGCAUUGAAAGAUCCGAACCAGUUAAUAAGAGCAAGUGCCCUGAGAGUUCUUUCAAGUAUCAGAGUAUCGAUGAUUGUUCCGAUUGUGAUGCUUGCCAUAAAAGAUUCGGCAAGUGAUAUGUCACCUUAUGUAAGAAAGACUGCAGCUCAUGCUAUUCCAAAGUUGUACUCUUUAGAUCCAGAGCAAAAAGAAGAGCUCAUCAUUGUUUUAGAAAAAUUACUGUCCGACAAGACUACUUUGGUAGUGGGAUCUGCAGUAAUGGCUUUCGAUGAAGUUUGUCCUGAUCGUAUCGAUCUUAUACACAAAAAUUAUAGAAAGUUGUGUAAUUUAUUAGUUGAUGUUGACGAAUGGGGACAAGUUGUUAUUGUUAAUAUGUUGACAAGGUAUGCAAGGACUCAUUUCUUAAACCCUAAUGCUGAUGAAUCGGAAGAUGAGGAACAGCGCCCGUUUUAUGACUCGGAUUCAGAAUCAUCUAGCACAAAGAAACCAAAGUUUACCUUGGAUCAUGAUCAUAGGUUGCUUUUACGUAAUACAAAACCGCUGUUGCAAAGUAGAAAUUCUGCUGUGGUAAUGGCAGUAGCUCAAUUGUAUCAUCACACUGCACCCAGGAGCGAAGCAGUAGUCGCCGCAAGGGCUCUGAUAAGGCUGCUCAGAGGUUACAGGGAAGUUCAGAGUGUGGUGCUUCAUAGCAUAGCUAGUAUUUCACUCAAAAGGAAGGGCAUGUUUGAGCCAUUUUUGAAAUCGUUUUUCGUGAGAACGUCGGACCCAACUCACAUUAAAUUAUUAAAAUUGGAUAUUUUAACGAAUUUAGCAACUGAAACCAACAUUAGCGUAAUUUUACGAGAAUUUCAAACUUAUAUUUCAAGCAGUGAUAAGGAAUUUGUUGGCGCUAGUAUUCAAGCUAUUGGAAGAUGUGCUAGCAAUAUUAAAGAAGUCACUGACACCUGUUUAAGUGGGCUAGUAUCAUUACUAAGUAAUAGAGAUGAGGCCAUUGUUGCAGAAAGUGUAGUAGUAAUUAAAAAGUUACUGCAGACUCAGCCAAAUGAACACAAGGACAUAAUAGCUCACAUGGCCAAGCUUAUGGACUUUAUAACAGUACCACAAGCACGUGCUUCCAUUCUUUGGCUACUUGGUGAGUACUCGAACCGAGUACCCAAAAUAGCUCCUGACGUCUUGCGAAAAAUGGCCAAAACUUUCAUAAACGAGGAGGACAUUGUUAAACUUCAAACUCUCAAUCUAGCUGUCAAGCUAUAUCUGAGCAACGCUGAGCAAACGCGCAAGAUCUGCCAGUACGUUUUCCAACUAGCAAAGUACGAUCAGAACUACGACAUUCGAGAUCGAGCGCGAUUUCUUAAAUUUUUUAUAUUUGAUGGAGAAGAUAAGCCUGAUAAGAAACUACCCCAGUAUGCUAAGAGGAUCUUUUUGGCACAUAAGCCCGCACCAACGCUGACUUCGAGGUUCAAGGAUUCGCAGUUUCAGCUGGGCACUUUGUCGCAUUACCUGAACAUGCCUUGUACUGGUUACCGUCCGUUGCCUCCUUUUCCCGAUGUACAGCCCGAUCCUUCUGUACGCGAUGUACCUGAUGCUACAAGUACCCUGGAUUCAAAGAAAACCAAGCACUGCCUGAAAAAAGACAAAAAGGAAAAGAAAGAGAGCUUUUAUGACGACGACAGCUCCCCCCAGGAAAAUUCGAACAGUGAAGAGUCAGACAGCAAGUCAGACUCGGACAGUGACUCGUCUGAAGACAGUAGCAAUUCAUCAAACGAGAAAUCAUCGGCUUCAGAAAAAUCUAAAACCAAAGUAAAGAAGAUUGUAAAUAGCAAGAAAGUUAAACAAGAAGAAUCGGAUGAUGAUGAGGGUAGUGAAGAUGAGAGUGCAAGUAGUAGUGGUAGCGACUCGGAGGAUUCCGACAGUGACGAGUCAUCUUCCGACAAAUCAGAGUCUGACAGUGAGUCAGAUAAAGAAGUUCCAAAGAAGCAGUCCUUGUCAGCUGUCAGCAAACCUACAGAUGACGCUAAGAAAGAAAAGAAAAACGAGCAGAGGAGUAAUCUCGAUUUACUUCUGGAUCUUGAUGAUGUAGUGCCAAUGACACCUAUAAUGACGCCCAGCUUGGGUGGUUUCCUUACGCCUAUCGUGCCAACUCCAGCUUUAGCUAUGUCAGAUGGUAUUAGUGAAGUUUCGCCUUCGUUCAUUCCAAUAAAGAAAUUUGAAUUAUUUAACAAAGUUAGCGGUCGUGGCUUAAAAAUGGAAUACAGAUUUACUAGAUCGCAGCAUUUAAUUAGCUCUGCCAUGGUCAACAUCGAAUUAACAUUUUCUAAUGAAGGCACUGAAACGAUUCAGAAUAUUCGUGUUGGAAAUAAGAAUCUUCCAAGUGGGAUGUCCAUUCACGAUUUUUCACCAAUACCGAUUUUAGAACCAAACACCUCUGUACCCAGUAGCAUAGGGAUCAAUUUCAAUGACUCCACUCAACCCGCGGUGUUUAACGUUGAUUUUACGAUUAAAGAUGAAUCGGUUUCCCGCAAUGUUAAUGUGAAGGCGCCUAUAGGAGAAAUCGUUAGAUCAGUCUUUUUACCUGAGACUUUAUUUUUCUCUGAAAAGGAUAAGCUCAAAGGCAUGAAUGAGCAUGCCGGUAAAAUGAAUUAUUCCUGUGAAAGAAAGAACUUGACUCAAAAAGUACUUGAAGCCGCUAACUUUGCUGUUAUAUCCAAUGAUAAUGAGACUAUUAGGUUUGCUGCACAUACUCUUGCUUCUAAAUCUUUAGUGUUGGUGACAUUAAAACUAGAGGAGGGAAAUGCUCUGGAAAUUUGUGUUAACUGCGAAAAAAUGGUGAUUGGUUCAAUGCUGCUUAAUGAACUCAAAACUAAUUUUAAGUAAUCAAAAAUUUCGAACAAAAUGUGAUCAAAUUUAUUAUUGUACAAAGUUUUAAAGCCAAUUGUGCAUAAUAUGACCCAAUGAAACAACACUGUAAAAUAAGCAACUAUUAUAAAGUAUAAAACUAAAAGUAA